AUGAGUCUCUUACUGGUUCUUCUCGGGCUCGUCGUCGGAUCAACUGCACGUGAUCCGAUCGGACAGAACCUCAUAGUGAUCUUGGCCGACGGAUACGGAUCCUCCCUUCUCAACAACACCAAACCUGAUGCCACUUUCGGUACAUGAAUUACAAAUUUUCAAUACAAAUUUCAUAUGAACAAUGUCUUUCUCAGGAAUCCGCCACCUCGCCACAAAUGGAGUUCAAGUCGACUACGUCACGCCCUCGUUCCCAACCCAUACUUGGCCCCAGUGGAUGAGUCUCUCCACCGGUUUGUUCUUUCCCAUUCUUCAAACAUUUCUAGAAGAUCAUAGCUCCAGCGAUCUUUUACUAAUGACUCUGCCGCUUUUCCACAUGUUUCCGUGUAACCCAUUGCGUGGGAAGCAGCUUUUCAAAAAGCGACAAAAAACGUUGGGAACAGGCGGCCCGCGCCAUGCGAUAACGAGCAGUUUGAAGACGUUUUUUGUUACUUUUCAAACUCUCUGCGGCGAUAAAAUAAUAGGUGGACGGAAGAGAAGGAGAAGACGAAAGACAUUUCUCUCUCUCUCUCCACUCUUUCCCGCUAUCAUCUUUCUCUUUGCUCGAUGGAAGAUAAAUGUGGAACAUGGAAAGAAGACAAGCGAGUGAUAUAUGAAAACAGCGGUUCGGGUGAUAUGCAUAUGCCACUGAUGUGCAACAUGUGUUGUGACAAGACGGCAGUUGCAAAUUGCAUCGAAUUACAAUCGAACACUGCGUUUAACACAGAAAAAUAUACAUGUCUAGUGCGGAACUUGCAGGCCUCUACACCGAGAACCACGGAUUCACCGCCGACUACAUGUGGGACCGAAAAACGAACUUCACAUUCGAACGCGGAACUGGUGAUCAACUUGAGGUCAAUUGUCAUUGUAAAACAAUAAAGUUCAGGACCCAACGACACUGAGGAUGUGUGGUGGAACGACGCGAAAGCUCCGCUCUGGUACACCGCCGGAAAAGCAGGAGUCGAUGUGCACUGCUUCUGGUUCGCCCACUGCCAUGUAUGCAACUGCCGGUUUUCUCCCAAAAUUUAAAUGUUGCCAUUUCAGCGGGUCUUCUACGACAUGGUAGUGCAAGUUCCCGAGAAGCGGUGGGCAAACCUCGACGACCCUCACCAAACCGACAAUCUGAGGGACAUCUUCCCGGAGAUUGCAAACAGAAUCAGUAAAUAUCAGGUUUACAAGCAGCAGAUGUUUCUGAUCCGGUACGCCAACAUCGGAAACGCUCAAAAAGAGCACGGUCCGGAGUCCGAUGAGGUCGAGCAGGAGGUCGCGCGUUUCGACUUGUACAUCAAUGAACUGCAGGUAAGAAUAAAAAAUUUCCCUUUCUUUUUUCUCAUACCAACAUUAUUGCAGCAACUUCUGGAAGAUCGUGGACUUUUCUCUUCCACCAAUCUCGUCGUUCUGUCGGACCAUGGAUACACCCCACUUCAGAAGGAAGAGCAGUUCUUCAUGGAACAGUGUCUCCCAGAUUACUCCCUUGUAACUGCAAAUAACAUUAUUAUGCGCUAAAAAUCGUUUUCAGAUCAAAAAAGUGGUCAACUCCCACUCGAUGAUCAUGGUUUUCACAAAUCCGGAGGACGAGGGCACCGUGAGCUAUUAUUCUUGUUUAUUUCUGAACAUGUACAUCGGUUAUUCAGGUUCACUACGAGUUCAGCGUGUGCGAAGUUUGGUCCCCGAUGGGCGACUAUGACGAGAACGACACUCCAUUUGUGAAGACGUACCGAGUAGGAUUUCAGAAAAUUCAGUUGCAAAUUUAUUGAAUCUCAGAUGUCGGAGCUGCCGGAUGACCUCCACUGGAAGAGCUCGCGCUUCAUGAGUGGCGUUGUUCUGAUUACCAAGCCGGGAACCAGCGUCGUGACGGUAAAGGAACAAGUUCCACUUUGCUAAAACGUGAUUGUUAUUUCAGAAGGAGUUGCCAACGGUCCCUCACAGCGGAGACCCAAGCAUCGACGCCAAGCAAGCAUCCGGUUGGGAGCCACACCACGAGGACAUGCGAGGAAUCUUUGUAGCGCGCGGCCCGGCGUUCCGUGAGAACGAGCGCUUCGGGCCGAUCGAGAUGGUCGACGUCUACCAAAUGCUGCUCAACAUCCUCAGCAUCGAACCGGCUCAUCCACACAACGGAACGUGGGCCAACGUAGAGAACAUGCUGAGCGAGGGAUGGGAGAACCGUGGUCCAGUCGACAACUCGUCUUUUCGGCUGUCCUUCGCACUUCUCUUGUGUACAUCUCUUGUUUUGCUCUUCUUCUUCUAG